AGCCGAGAGAGAUUGGCUCGAGAACCAUCCCUGUGAUGUUGAAGGAGGCACACAGCUCUUUUCAACGCGAGAAGAAGUAAACCAUGUCAACAACCUGGAGCUGCGAAGUAUCCGGCAAAAUGAGAUCGCAUAUUUCGCUGAGGACUGCUGGAAGCCGUCAAGACAGCACCCACACCUGCGAUACAAAGGCGAGCGGUCCGUACUUGAUAGAUCAUUGGUUGCUCUAGACGAUCAUAACUACGAGUACAAAUUGCGGCUGAAGAAAGGCAUGCGGGUCAUCCUGCUGACCAAUAUCGACAUCGAGAAGGGCCUCGUUAACGGAAGCCAAGGAACAAUUAUUUCGUUUGUGAAGCACGACAGCGCAAUCCUGCCUAGGCCGAAGAAUAUCUACGACGGAUCCUCGUCCCUCGAUGGCAACGACCGACGCGAGCGAGUCGUCAAUGAGGAGGCCGAGCUAAUUGGGGGUAGUCACGCCGCACUUCAAACGGAGGAAGUGAAGCGCUUCAUGGCAAGCGACCUCAAUCAGUAUGAGUGCUGGCCUCGAGUGAAGUUUGAUAACGGCCAGAUCAAGACUGUCGUGGCUCACUGUGCGGUAGAGGAGCUUGGGAAUGACAAACCAUACUCCCUCCUUGCUCGCACACAGAUCCCGUUAGCAGCUGCAUGGGCUAUGACCAUCCACAAGGCACAGGGCAUGACACUCGACAAGGUCAUCGUUGACUUGAGCAGAGCCUUUGAAGACGGCCAGGUAUACGUUGCUCUCUCCCGUGCAAGGACUCCAGAAGGACUCAAAGUCUUGAAUCUCGGCCAGGACUGUAGCAACGGCGGCUGCAACCGUCAGGUGAAAGAGUUCUUGAAGAGGACCUAUCCACAGCUUGACAUCGACUGAGCAUUCACCCACGGUCCCAUGAUCACAAGUCAAGGAUCUUAUGACACGCGCUCCUCCACGAGGGAGCAAAAGCUGCGAAUGAGUAGCGCACGACUCAGCAUACUUCCAUUACAUACCAGCGGGUCCAAUGAGGUCGUGAUAAUCCCUAGGAGGGCGAACAAAGACCGAGCGAGAUGGACCUGCCCAGAUAUCAGCCAUCAUGCUUGAUCUGUCAUAUGUAUUUUCACGCGGGCUUUGUUCAAACAGAAUACCAU